AUGACCGAACCCGAAGAGCUUGAGGAUGACCUUUUCGCCGAUUUGUACGAUGGAGACGACACUUCAAAACCACAACCAGAAGCAACUCAAGGUUUCGAGCCUGAACAAGUACCUCCGCCCGUUGAGGCCCCUCCUGCUCCAGACCCUGUGACAAAUGCAUAUGAGCCCCCUGACGAGACUAUGAAUGGUACGGGCUCUGAUGAGGAUGCUGGUCGUGCAUGGAACGGCGGUCAAAAUGGCGUUGUGGAUCCGACACAUUAUGGAAUUGAAGCGGAGCCGGAGCCGGAGCCAGAAUCGCGGCCCAUUGGCAUCAAAGAGGAUGGGAAAAUGUUUAUUGGUGGCCUCAAUUGGGAAACGACAGAUCAAUCCCUCAAAGAAUACUUCUCGAAAUUUGGCGAAGUGCAAGAAUGCACCGUCAUGCGCGAUGGUGCUACAGGCCGCUCCCGUGGCUUCGGCUUCCUGACGUUCAGAGAUCCUCGGACAGUCAACGUAGUAAUGGUGAAGGAGCACUACCUGGAUGGCAAAAUCGUAAGGCCCGACAUUUCUACUUCCAAGAAAACCCCCUUCCAUCUGCGGUCCCCCAGCUCUCGUAUGAGUAUCAAAAGGAAUUUAUUAACGUCUCUUCACGAAUCAAAGAUCGAUCCCAAACGAGCCAUUCCCCGCGAUGAACAAGAACGAACAAGCAAGAUCUUCGUAGGCGGUGUCAGCCAAGAAGCCAACGAGCAAAUUUUCAAAGAUUACUUCGCCCAAUACGGUAGAGUCGUCGAUGCCACUCUCAUGAUGGAUAAAGACACCGGCCGACCUCGAGGCUUCGGAUUCGUCACAUUUGAUAGCGAAGCCGCAGUCGAAAACACGCUCAAUGGCGAUCUAACAAUUCUAGGCAAACCGAUCGAAGUCAAGAAAGCCCAGCCUCGCGGUGACAUGCAAGAAGGUGGCGGCGAUUCCCUCGGACGUGGCGGAAGAGGAGGUCGCGGCGGUCGCAAGAAUUACGAUGAUCGCUACAACGAUAAUCACAUGAACGGCAACCGAGGCGGCAAUGACAUGCAACAAGGUAAUUUCGGCGGCGGCGGCGGUCAGAACGGCAUGACGCCUCAAAUGAUGGCCCAGUACUGGCAGAAAAUGCAACAAUACUUCGCUAUGAUGCAGCAACAAAUGGCCGCUGCAGCCGGCGGCGGGAUGGGUGGCAUGAAUCCGGCCAUGAAUCCGGCCAUGAUGCAACAGAUGCAGCAAAUGCAGCAAAUGCAACAACUCAAAGCUAUGCAGCAGAUGCAACAGAACCAAGGUGGUACCGGCGCCGGCGGUGGAGGGGAUGGAAGAGGAAGCGCAUCCCCCAUGCCUGGAGGUGGCGGCGGAGGCCAAGAGGGAAUGCAAGGCAUGAACCCGCAGAUGAUGCAGCAGAUGCAAGCGAUGAUGGCGCAGCAAAUGGGCGGCGGCGGCGGCGGUAUGGACCAAGGAAUGGGUGGUAGUGGUGGAGGCGGCGGCGGCGGUGGCAUGGCCCCCAACCGAGCCAACAGCGGCACCCCCGGCGGCUUCAACGCACAGGAGCAACUAGCCUUCGAACAGCGGAAAUACGAGGAACAGCAAGCACGCGCGCAAGGGGGUUACGCUGGGGGCGGUGGUGGGGGUGGAGCGACGAGCUGGGAAGGCAUGUACGAUGACGCGCCGCCGCCUGACAGCGGCGGUCAUGGGGGAGUGCUCCGCCUGCCAAUGCGCCGACGGGGCCGAAGAAUGCGGGAAAACCUGGUGCGAACUAUCGAGGGGGUGGGCAUCGAGGUGGAGGGAGGGGAUGGCAUCCCUAUGCUCGAUGAACAGUGGGUAGAGUGA